AUGACCCAGCGGCCACAGCAGCAGCAGCCGCUACACCGCAACGGCAUCGGCGUGCCCUCCUCCGAUGUCGGCUUCUGGAGCGGCCUGAUCGAGGGCGCUUUCGCCCUCACCCAGACGGUGUUUAUGCCUGUGUGGGGCAAGAUCGCGGACAGGUAUGGAAGGAAAUGGGUACUGGUGCUCAGCUUGGUUGGGGUGGUGGUCGCGAGCGUGCUGUUUGGCCUGGCGAGGAAUGUGGGGGAGAUGAUCGCCAUCCGGUGCUUCGAGGGCAUCUUUGCGGGAACCUUAGUCACAGUGCGCACGAUGGUGACCGAGAACAGCACCUCCAAAACGCAGGCCCGUGCGUUCAGCUUCUUCGACUUUACGGGGAACCUCGGCAUCUUCGUCGGCUCGCUCCUCGGUGGCGUGCUUGCUGAACCAGCGCUGCAGUAUCCGAGCCUGUUUGGCUCGAUCGCAUUGUUCAAGCGGUAUCCGUAUCUGCUUCCCUGCAUUGUCAACGGCGCUCUUGCUACGCUUGCGGCAGUGAUGAACAUAUUCUGGCUGAAGGAGACGUAUCCCGCAAGGAAAGACGACGAGCCCACUCCGCCAUCUCCCUCUAUUCGGGACGUCUUCCGCGCUCCAGGUAUGAUCCCAAUUCUCGUGCUCAUGAAUUUCAUGAUGCUCAUCGCCUUUGGCUUCCACGCUGCGAUGCCCGUGCUGUUCUUCACGCCCGUCGAGCUGGGCGGAUGGGGCUUCACUCCCGCCCAGAUCUCGUAUUACUUCGCCGCAGGGGGGGUAACCCAGUCCAUCUGGCUGCUGCUCGCCUUCCCGCCCAUGUACAGCCGGCUGGGCACCAAGUACCUGACGAGGCUGUGGACAUUCGUCCUCCCGUUCACGUACGGGUGCAUGAUCCUCCAGAACUGGGCACUCAGGCGGGGGGACGUGCCGCUGUUCGGGGUGCUGAUGGCGCUCCAGCUGCUGACAGCGACGGGAGCGCCGAUGGUCCCCACCGCCUUCCAGCUCGCACUGAACAACAUCCUUCUCUCCCCGCACGCGCUCGGCACCCUCUCCGGGCUCUCGCUUAGCCUCAGCUCGGCCAUCCGCUCGUUCGCGCCUCCAGCAUUCGCAAGCUUGUACGCCCUGGGUGUGAAGGAGCAGAUCAUGGCUGGCCAGCUGGGGGUCGUCGUGCCUGCAAUCUUGUCGGCAGUGCUCUUCGUGAUGUGCUGGAUUUGGUUGCCGGAGGGGGUGGAUGAGCGCAAGGAUACGGCUAAGAGUGGAAAAAAAGGAAAUAGACGCGGGGAGGCAUGA